AAAACGAGGAUACACCCUUUGGUCCGAUGGGGGUGGUGAAUCUGGGUGGGCCUAUAAAUAUCCAUCGAGACUAGGGAAGACGAAGUUUUCUUCUUUCUUUCUUCUCCACUUCAUACGAGCGGGUUCGGUGGCUUCUUCUCCACUCUCACUUGUGCAGAUAUUCUGAUCCAACUCCAUGGAAUCGAGCGUAUUGCAUCUGGCCAUGGCGGCUCUCUUCGGGGCUUCCUUCGUUGCUGUUUCGGCGUAUUUCAUGCACCGGAAGACGCUGAACCAGUUGCUUGAGUUUGCCAAGGCGAUGGAGAGGGAGAGAGAAAGGCAGAGAGAGAGCGAGUUUCCCGAAGGAGAUUUGCCGCAGCAACACCUGAAGGAACGGCGGAGCAACGGCCUGAGGAUGGGUAACGGUUACUACCGCCGUGGCUCGACGUCGCUUCCCGAUGUCACGGACUUUUCCGGUGGAACCGACAGCGGCGGUGGCGGUGGAGGAGACGAGAGGCCCGUCAAUGGCAACUUCAUCGUGGACGGAAUCCCUCGUGGGUUGCCGAAACUUCAGACGCCAUCUGAAGGGAGAUCUUCUGGACACACGAAUUCUACCAGGAAAACUGGAGCUAUUAUCAGGCCGAUUUCUCCAAAAUCUCCUGUUGCUAGUGCCUUUGAGAGUGUGGAAGAAUCAGACGAUGAAGAUAAUAUGACAGAUUGUGCUGCUCAGGAUGCUUCAUAUUUGCACACCAAUGGGGAUACGGCUGCAAAUGACAAUGGAGAACAAAUAACCAUGGCUGCUUCAAGCAUGAUUCGAUCCCACAGUGUAUCUGGUGACCUGCAUGGAGUUCAGCCUGAUCCUAUAGCGGCUGACAUUCUGCGUAAAGAGCCAGAGCAAGAAUCCUUUGUCCGUCUUAACAUUUCCCCUAUGGAGAUGCCAACACCGGAUGAAGUUGAAUCGUAUAGAUGUAUUCAAGAAUGUCUUGAGUUGCGGAAAAGGUAUGUCUUCAGAGAAUCAGUUGCUCCAUGGGAAAAAGAAGUCAUAUCUGAUCCUAGUACCCCUAAGCCCAAUCCAGAGCCUUUCGCAUACACUCCUCAGGGGAAAUCCGAUCAUUUCUUUGAGAUGCAAGAUGGCAUUGUCCAUGUGUUUGCAAACAAAGAUGCAAAAGAAGAGCUCUUCCAUGUGGCUGAUGCAACAACAUUUUUCACCGACUUGCAUUACAUACUUAAAGUCAUAGCUGCGGGAAAUAUUCGAACUUUAUGCCAUCGUCGUUUGGUGCUCCUUGAACAGAAAUUCAAUCUCCAUUUAAUGCUUAAUGCGGAUAAAGAAUUCCUCGCUCAGAAAAGUGCACCACAUCGUGACUUUUAUAACGUCAGGAAGGUUGACACUCAUAUUCAUCAUUCAGCCUGCAUGAACCAGAAACACCUUUUAAGGUUUAUUAAGUCAAAGCUCAGGAAAGAACCCGAUGAGGUUGUAAUAUUUCGAGAUGGGACGUAUUUGACCUUGAAAGAAGUUUUUGAGAGCUUGGAUUUGACUGGGUAUGAUCUGAACGUCGAUCUUUUGGAUGUUCAUGCAGACAAGAGUACCUUUCAUCGUUUUGACAAGUUCAAUCUUAAGUAUAAUCCUUGUGGUCAAAGUAGGCUAAGGGAGAUUUUCCUUAAACAGGAUAAUCUCAUCCAAGGCCGUUUUCUUGGCGAGAUAACAAAGCAAGUCAUUUUGGACCUUGAAGCUAGUAAAUAUCAGAUGGCUGAAUACAGAAUCUCUAUAUAUGGCAGAAAAAUGAGUGAGUGGGACCAACUGGCUAGUUGGAUUGUGAACAAUGAUUUAUACAGCGAGAAUGUUGUUUGGUUAAUUCAGCUUCCACGUCUGUACAACGUGUACAAGGAGAUGGGCAUAGUGACAUCUUUCCAGAACAUCCUUGACAAUAUAUUCAUUCCGUUAUUUGAAGUCACGGUGGAUCCCAAUUCACACCCCCAACUUCAUGUUUUCUUGAAUCAGGUGGUUGGGUUCGACCUGGUGGAUGAUGAAAGCAAACCCGAAAGACGCCCAACAAAACACAUGCCCACUCCAGCCGAGUGGACUAACGCCUUCAACCCUGCAUUUUCAUACUAUCUGUAUUAUUGUUACGCUAACCUCUACGUGUUAAAUAAGUUUCGCGAGUCAAAGGGCCUAACAACAAUCAAGCUGCGGCCGCAUUCUGGGGAGGCAGGUGAUAUCGACCACCUUGCUGCUACAUUUCUCACCUGUCACAACAUUUCGCAUGGAAUCAAUCUGCGGAAAUCUCCCGUGCUGCAGUAUCUCUACUACCUUGCACAGAUCGGUCUGGCAAUGUCACCUCUGAGCAACAACUCUUUGUUUUUGGAUUACCACCGAAACCCAUUUCCCAUGUUUUUCCUAAGGGGACUCAAUGUUUCCCUCUCAACGGACGAUCCUCUCCAGAUUCACCUAACUAAAGAGCCUCUCCUGGAAGAAUACAGCAUCGCUGCCUCUGUGUGGAAGUUGAGUUCAUGUGAUCUGUGUGAGAUAGCUCGAAACUCGGUUUACCAGUCAGGUUUCUCACAUGCCCAGAAGUCACACUGGAUGGGUAAAGAUUACUACAAAAGGGGACCAGACGGGAACGAUGUCCACAAGACGAAUGUGCCCCACAUCAGGGUUGAAUUCCGCCACACGAUAUGGAGAGAGGAGAUGCGACAGGUUUAUGUGGGCAAUAAUACCCUUAUCCAGGACGAAAUCAUUCCAUGAUCUCACAAGCUCGAGAGAAUGACCCGUCCAUCUUAUUGUACGAAACAAAAGCCAUCACAUAGCUACAGACUCUAGGCAUGGCCCGGAUCCCGUUUUUGGACAGCAGCAAGGUUUACUUUAUGACAUAUAUAUAUAUAUAUAUAUAUAUAUAUAUAUAUAUAUAUAUGUGUGUAUCAUUUUCAUGAAACACUCGCUAUUUGAGAAUGUAAAAGGUGCAGAAUCUUCCU